GUAAGUUUGGUGUUAUAAACACCUACAGUCAGAUUUGCGUCCUUAGUUCUGAGGAUGGUACGCUACGGUGUCCUGAUCCUGGGGUUCCUGGCUGCCCAGCAGGCAUGCGCGGACUCGGAGCUUUCGUCACUGGCUGCGGCUCAGAGUUCAAAUACAUCAAUUCCUGACAAGAACACUUCCUACCCCGACAUUAUACUUCUUCUGCCGUCCAACACGUCCGAUCCAGAGUCCUCGAUGUUCCUGUUGGCCGAUGUCCUGCGCCAAUCACCGACCUUCAACGACUCUGAUCCUGACAUAAACGAUGCAGAGGACGAGAAUGAGGCCAUUGUGAGAAAGAUUAUGUCCUUUGUUGCUGCGAUCGAAGGAAAUGCGACCGAGACCACAAAGGCGAGUCCAGACAACUCGACAGCGUUACAGGAAUCAAACAUGAAGAAAAGAGAUUUGGAGGACUCCAACAGUCCUUUGAUCAGAAGAAAAAGGACAUUCAAGAAGAAAAAAGGAGGAUGCAUGGUGUGCGGAAUGCUUGCUCCAAUAAUGUCUAUGAUACCUAAAAAAGGAGGUUGUGGUAUGAUGGGAUGUGGUCAGCCAGCGUACUACCAACCACCGCCAUGUGGACACCCUAUGUCACCGUGUGGCAGACCUCCACAACCACCACCUCAACCUGUGUACCACGUUCCACAACAGACCUGCAACCCGUGUCAGCGUCCCCGGCCGCCACCACCGCCGCCUCCACAACCUUGUCACACGUGCCAGCAGGGCUACUCCGGUGGCUACCCUGGUGGUAUGAGCUACAGUUCGUCGUCGUCUUCCUCGCAAAGCUCUUCCUACGGUUGGGCAAAGAAGUAAUGCACCACACUUCCACACUUCUGCUUACUCAUACAUGUUUGUAAAUAGAAAUUAUAUAUGUAAAUUAAA